CACUGUAAACAGCAGUCUGCUGAGAUACUCCGAAGAGGAAGCACCUCCUCUUGAAUUGUUCUCUUUGAAACUAGUUUUUACACGUCGUUUAUAAUUUGUGUUAAAAGGUUUAACAUAGAGCUUUUGUAUAACAACUGUUAUUUGUGAUUGAUAACAGAACUAAUUUGUUUUUUUUAAUUAUUAGUCAAUUUAGUGUAAAGUUGGUGCAGUGGCAAGAAUUUUUUUUUUUUUUUUUUUUUUACUAUAAAUUGUUUUCAAAAUGAAUCUGUCAUUUGCGGGCUGUGGAUUUUUGGGCAUUUACCAUGUUGGUGUUGCUGUUUGUAUCAAGAAAUAUGCCCCGCAACUUUUCCUGAACAAGAUUGCAGGAGCAUCGGCUGGGGCUAUUGCUGCUUGCAGUCUGCUGUGUGACCUCCCGGUAGGUGAAGUUGUCAGUGACAUGCUCAUACUCAUUCGAGAAGCGAGGCUCAGGACACUAGGCCCUUUCAGCCCUUCUUUCAACGUCCAAGAAUUCCUAUUAGAAAAUUUGAGAAAAAACCUUCCUGAGGAUGCACACCUACUAGUCAACGGUAAACUCCAUAUUUCAUUGACAAGAGUCAACGAUGGGAAAAACGUUCUUGUCUCUCAGUUUGACAGCAAGGAAGAUCUACUUCAGGCUUUAUUGGCCAGUGCUUUUGUACCGAUCUUCUCAGGGUUUAUCCCUCCGAAAUUCCAUGGAGAGAGGUACAUGGAUGGCGGUUUCAGCGAUAAUCUACCAAUUCUUGAUGAAAAUACCAUCACAGUAAGCCCAUUCUGUGGUGAGACUGAUAUUUGCCCGAGAGACAGCUCUUCUCAGCUCUUCCAUCUCAACCUUGCAAACACCAGCAUAGAGCUAUCAAAGCAAAAUAUAUAUAGGUUCGCAAGAAUAUUGUGGCCCCCAAAACCUGAUGUCCUGUCAAAUCUGUGUAAACAAGGAUUCGAAGACACUCUUAGAUUUCUACAAAUCAACAAUUUAAUCAACUGUACAAAAUGCCUCGCUAUUCAGUCUACCUUUGAAAUAUCUGAGAUGAUGGAGGACUCUUGUGAAUACGAUCCUCAGUGCCAAGAAUGCAAAUUACACAGGCAAGAAGCUCUAGUAGCCAAUGUUCCUGAUCUAGUUAUGACGGUGUUCCAGGAAGCGAUAGAUUCUGCAAACAAAGGUCUGUACAAUUGGCUACUUUCACAUCGAGGUAUGAAACUAAUUACAAUAAUGAGUCUCCCAUAUACGAUUCCUGCAGAUUUUAUGUAUGCAAUGCUUAAAAAGCUCAAAUCCUUGAUACCCCACAUGAACAACACUCUCAAAACAAUGAUAAGAUUUUUUAUUUCACAAAUGCUUAGCUUAUUAGACACAGUGAGCAACAAAGCUUGUGAUCAUCUCUCGGCGGAUGUGACUUUUCAGCUAGAAUACAAUUUAGGAUGUGAAAAAGAACAUUUCUACGAAAAGGAAAUUAACCUCAAGCUUGAUAAUUGUGAAGUUGAUCAGAUAGAUAAACUAAAAUUAGGCAAUGUCCUAUCAUCAAGAAGAGACAGCGUGUCAGUAGGAAACAAAAUAGAUUCAAUCGAAGAUGACACGUUUGAAAAUAUCCUUCAAGUCACUUCACUUCACGAUGCUGUCAUAGCGUUUUAUUACACAGAUGACAAUAACAAGGUGAAAGUAACAGAGAUAUUCGACGUUACUGACAUGCCUGAAGAGCCUGGUGAUGAUGUGCACACCUUAAGAGAAAAACUGACUUCAAACUGGGUCAAUAAAAAUGACCAUUCUUACAAUUUUCUAGAAGAGGAUGAACAAUUUCUGUCUGAAGGGGACGAGGGUGGCGAGAACAACAACAUUUUUUCAGAUCCUGAAUCUGAAUGGACCAACCAGCAGAGUAAAUGUUCAAGAGGAACACAUCACAGAGACUUUAGGCCAGAAAGUGAUCAAGAAAUGUCAUCAAAAUCUGAUGAGUAACGAUUUUGAAAUUGCCUCAAUUUUAAACAAGUUUUUAUAAACCAUAAUUUUUUUUCUAAUUUUUAUUUUGUUUUAACAAUAUUACAAAAAUUCAUUUUUGUAUGUGUCAGUAUUUAAUUAAUUUUUGGUUUUGUUUUUGAAUAACCAAUUUAAAUUGUCAAUAUUUAAAUAUUUCGUGUAGGUAAUGGAAAUCGUAAAGAUAAGACUUUUAAUUAACUGCGUCACUAGUUUAUCUUAAUAUGACAAUUAAUUUUUAGGUGAAUAUCUCUGUAAAUAAUUUUUGUUUUUGUAAAACUGUAAUCUUGUGUAAAUAAUAUUUUGUAAUAUGUAAAAAUUGUGUAAAUAGAACGAUUUAUUUAUCGGAUAGGAAAGAAAUUUUUAACUUGCAUCGCAAUAAAAAAAGUUUUAAACGAUAAGAGAAAUCUCUUCUUGUUUCUUCCCCCUUUUUAUCUUCUAUUGAACAAUGCGAUCAAAAUAAUGGACAAAUCACUGAUAAAAUUUAUGAUAGAUAUUGAACAAAAAAACAAAAGAAAAAAAUCACUGUUUGAAAAACAGAUUAUAGUAUUGACUUUUGAUAUACUUAUAGGGGGGGGGAGAAAAAUAGAUCUUAUGAGAACAAUACACCAUUUUAUCAAA